AUGAACUUUGGUGGAGCUCCACCACCACUGGAUGAUCAAUAUUGUGCAAGUAUUCUAACCGAAGCUGUUUGGAAGCAGAUUGAGAAGAAAGAAAUAGACUACAGAAAAGAUCUUAGUGGAUGGCGUCACAAGUUUGAAGCUGAGAAGGAUAUCGUCGAAGAAUUCGCAGUGCGUACUGAGCCCAGACUACGUCAAUGGUGUGAGAAUACAGACUUCACCAUCCGAUUACUACGAUCCUGCAAUGAGCUGGCUCUUGCUCAAUUCUAUCAGGAUCAACUGAACGAACAAGCAGUCUACAUGCAGAAAGUGGAUCAUAGGAGAGAUAUUCUUGUAGCUUACAUUCACCAAUUCACUCAGAAAGCGACAAAACCACAUCUACUAUCGAAUUGA